UUCGUCACUUUCUCGCCAAGAAUUCCAGCAGCAGAGAAAGGAAAAGAAACUUAUUUUAAUUACCUAUAAUUGUUUUACUGUUUUACUUCCAUUUGUCAUACCGGUGACCUUCUUUGUAGUCAAUGCCUUCUUGAUUUCAUCUCGCGAAAUGUCGAACACCAAAGUGCCUGAACCGGAGCCCUUCCCGAAAUCCGGAAGGGUGAACGAAAUGUGCCAGGAGUGGAUGGUCAGAGAAGACAGCGCUCUGGCCUAUCGUCUGCAAAGCCAGGAGUUCCACGAGCACCUUUCGGGCAACAAAUUCAGAAACGCUUUGGUCCGCGAGGACUUCCCCAAAGCCAAAGACGAGCAAAUCAGGGAACAGCAACUGGCCGAACAAGCGGCUGCCAUUUACCACAAAAUGCUGGCCGAGCAAGAGGAAGUCGACAAUAAGGUAGCUAAAGAUCUAGCGGAUAAAAUAGAAAAAGAAGAUUGGCUCAAACGCAAGGCUUUAGAACUACACGACCAAGCUAUAGCGAAACAAAUGUUCGCAAAAGAGCACAAGAAAACCGAGAAAUUACAACAAGCUCCUCCGCCCCUACCUCCCUCGUACUCGCCCCAACAACCUCCCAGUCUUCCCCCCAAACUCGAUCCGCAAUUCUCCCCCCAUCGAUCGAACUGCUCGGCCAACUUACCUAAGAGAAAGGCCCCGCAGAUGCCCAUACCGCAAGCCGGUUUGUCUCCCAGUAAACCACAGCGCAUCAACUUCGAUGAAAUCAGCAGCGCCGAGCUGUACAAUGAACCCUACCUUACUUCGCACCAGCUAUCGGACCAUUUGAACCGGAUCGAUUUGGCCGAUAUCGGUAUACCGUUGAACGAAGCGGCGGAACGCCAGAUCCAGGAGCAGAGAGACGCCGAACUGGCCCGACAGCUCCAAGAGCAGGAGAGUUUGUUGGAGGACAGGGAUCGAUUGCUGGCCAUCGAAGCGCAAGACAAAGAACUGGCCAAAUUGCUGCAGGAACGUGAACGGGCGAAGGCCAAACGAGCGAGGGAGAAAGCCAAGCAGAAGGCGUUGGCUAAGAAGCAACAAAAGGAACACGAAGGUGAGGUGAAAACGGGUACGGAAAGAGAUACUCAUCAGAUACUGCCGGACGACUCCUAUGCCUUUCCUGCCGAUGUUAUCCAGCAAACUAACGUGCCCAAAAUGGUAGCUGCACACCCUGAUCUAUACGCUGUUCCCAAUGCCGAUGAGGAGGAUAUAAGCUACAGCCUUCCGGCCGAUGUAUUGCUCGGCGGCAAUUCGAUAAGCAAUCUAAAACAGAAUUACAGUCCCGGCAAGUUCCAUUAUCGAACUGAAAUUAAAGAAUCCAAUAAUUUAGGUGCUACUGCAAAUCACAUUCCGUCCAUUGAUAAAGGGAACUGUCCAGUUUCAGGCAUCCCCGCCAACAGACCGACCCAUCUGGAUUUAAGGGCCCCCCUGUCUCGGAUCAAUAAGCCGCGCUACCCGGACCCGGAGGCGGAUCCGGCGUCGCCGUCGCUGCACGCGAACAUCGCCGUGGCCAUCGAUCCGACGUACUCGCGCCGGACGGGGUACAGGGGCUCGUCGAGCUACGACACCGCCUCCAGCACGGUGACGACGAGCACGUCGAGCAGCAGCCCGGGCGCGCUGCCGCCGCCCGAUCUGGUGGAGCAGGAGGACGACAGCCCGGCGCCGCCUUACAUGCCCAUCCAGGGGCAGCGGAGGACGGCCAGCUUGGAGAAGAAGCAGAAGAGCAAGAGUAAGGAUGGCGGGUGUAAGCAGCAAUAGUUGUGGCGUCGUCGGGGGUGGUUCUGUUGCUAGGAAAUCGGUUUGUUUGGGGAGAGGUUGGAGGGUAGAAAAUGUUUUAUGGGUUGCUACACGAGGAUGUUAUCCUGUCUAUACAUAAUCAGAUGUAUUGUUUUUUUUUUUGUUUAAAGGGAUUGGUACGUACGUGAAUUUAAAGUUGAUUUUUUUUACCCAGUUAUUGCAUUCACCUACAUACGUGCCAUUAAAUUUUAUUUCAUUUUAUAAAGUGUGCCAUCUUUUACAGAAGCAUAUAUCCGGUAAAACAUUUUUCAGUUUAGCGAAAAUUUACUUAGUUUUAAGUAUUUAUUUACUUCGUAUGUGUACUUAAUCCAUUUUUUGAAUAUUUACAUUUUUUUAGUAUUUACCAAUAAUUAUAAUCGAGAUGACAAGAGUUUACUACAUAACAAAAAUUCCUAAAGACUUCGUUCUUCCAUUUUCGGAUGACAAAAUUUUCUAAGAUAUUAGUAUUAAUAAUUUACUAAACUUGCUUUAAAGUAGUUCUCUCUAAUUCUGAAUCUCAGUAUAUUUUAUUUAUAUUAAACGUAUUAUUGUUAUAAACUGCUAGAUAAAUUUAACUAGGAAAAAAGUUAUUUAACUGGACUUAUCGGUGAUAUUGUUAUUUCAAAAAUGUACCUAAUAAUAAACAUACAUGUUUUAGAACCAAAGAUAGAUUAAAAAACUAUUAUUGAAUUAGAAAACAUUUUUACUUAAAGUAUUUGCAGUGCAAGUUAAAACAGCUAUUAAUAAAUUUGUUAUUGAAUUGAAAGUUUUCAGAUAUUUUCGUCAUUAUAUUAGGGAAAAAAUGCAUAUCUAAAGAUUUUGACAUUUCAUUGAAUAUUAAAGCUAAAAACUCUCUUCUCUAUCUAAUUAACAUAUCUGUAGGUUUAUGUGAAUACUUUAUUAAUAUUUAUAAUCUGGAAUCAAAAGUGAAAAUGUACAAUAAAGUCUAGUUUUUUACAAAUAACACCAAAAAUAUAUGCUCAAUAUUAUAAGUUCGAAUAUAUUUAAAGGAGUUUUAUUUGUAUAUCUAUGGUGGAAGGUUUCUUUUGUAACUCAAUAUUUUUUAAUGUAACCUUUUUUAUUGAAUAAAUAUUUAUACUUUACAGUUAUUAAAUUUUUUGCUUUAUAAUUUAUAAUCGCUAUAACGAAGUACCAUUUUUUAUUAAAUCUAUUUUGCUCUUAACGAAUGAUAUCGGUGCCAACUCGUACUUUGCACAGGAACAUUUCUGACCACCUAUAUGAUCGAAAGUACCGAUUUUAUUCUGGCAAUGCGGGCAAUGUAUUUUUCCCUUUGUCCAAUUCUCGGCGUCGAUUUGAUCCAGCAGCCAAGCAGGGAGUUUGUACGUGGUCAAAUAAACAUUCGUUCCGUUCCUUAUAGAAUCGCACUCUUCGGGAUCACUAUCGAAUUUACUGUUGUGUGCAUCAACAAACUGCUUAACUUCGCUUUCAUUUAGUAUAGCUUUUCUACAUUUUUUGCAUUUCAUUUCUUUGUACAUUUUUUUUAAAUUAUCAGAAAUGCCACUUGCUUGUAGUGUUUACAAUUUCUUGUUUUUAACCUUGCGUAAACAAUACCAGAUAAAAAUUACGAAAUACUAUUAUCUUUGUAUUUAACUCGAUAAACAUGAACUUUUGAGUUACCUUUGAGUAAUAAACAAAUCAAAUUAAAUCAAAAUAAUAUAACCUACAAAUAAAAUAACUUUCGCUUGAAUUGACAUUUUGACUUGACACGUCUUUGACUUUUGUUUUCUCCUCUACCAGUCACAAAUAAAUAUUGAAGAAUUACUUAUGCC